AUGAAACUCCUUUUCAGUAUUCCACUCGUUGUCUCUGCGCUGGUUGCUGAGGCUACUACUGGUGGAGAUGCAGUCAAUAAUCAAGUCCACAAUGAGGCUCGAAUCAUAUCAAACGGAGGUGUUGAUCUACCAGGAACUUCACUUGUCACCGUCAAUAAUGUUGUUGUCGCAUCAACAUUAUCUUCUGCCUUCGGCGACUCCUCUGCAGCUGCAUCAAGUCUUUCUGAUAAUUUCCCCCCUGUUAGCCCUGGUCAUACAAAUGUUCGCAGCAGCGCCUAUAAGUCUACAACUGUUGUUCUCUCUACUAUCACUGUAACGCCACAGAAAUCAGUUGAUGUCACUUCUGUUACACACGCUUCCACUUCUCCUUCUGCCAUUGAUAGCCAAGGCGCUGCUCUUGUUUCUCCAACCAAUUCUGGUGCUGCGAUUACAUCUAACCCAUCUCCGGCCACUUCUGAUAUUACUAAGCCAAUAGUAUUGGUGAUAUCUAGCUUGGAGCCAGAGCCAUCUUCUUCAGCUGCCACUAUUGCUCCACCUUCGUCAACUCUCCAAUCUUCUGCUGUUCAAUCAUCUAUUGUUGAAUCUUCUGCAGCUCCAACAUUAACCGCUGAAUCCGCUCCAGAUAACCAAUACACUUAUUCAGCGUCCCCUACUAAAUCUUCGGCCGUUCUAUCUACUGCUGUUCCAUCAUUGCCUUCGCAAUCUUUGACAAUUCAACCAACACCACUUCAAUCAUCUGCAGCUCAAACAUUGACAGAAAGCGGUACCAGGCAAGUUUCGAUUGCUUCAAGCCUUCCAACAAUCGUUACCAGCGAUGCCCCAUUUCUCAGCGGCACUGCUUCAACUGUUCAAUCAUUGAGUAAGUCUGUGACUUACCCAAACCAUACGAUUGCUUCAGUUUCUUCGACAUCCAGUCUAUCUACCUCUGCUACCUCUAUUAUUGUCGGAACACCAACAAGCAACUCUGCAAGCAUUCCUACAAUUACUCCACCAUCUCCACCAUAUAAAAAUGGGACAAGUACUCCAGCAACAGACAACAUUGGCACAACCUCAACCUCAGCUACAAGCACAACUACAAUCACUUCAACAACAACUCGUACCGGUACCAUUACUACGACCAUCACAAGAUCAUCUGCUGAUGUUACUUCUCAAAGUAUUAUUGGCAAACUUCCUGACACUGAUGGUCCAUACCUGGCUGCGCCCACUACAGAAACCUUCACUUCUGGUGGACGCACCUGGACUACAACUGAGACUGGUCCUCCAAGUACUGUUACUGCAUCCCUCAUGUUGAAUCCGUCAUAUUCUGCUUCUAGUAAUGGUGGUGUUGUUUCUUCUAAUGGUGCUGCGCCAUCUUCAGGAGCUUGCACUUGCCCAUCUCAAGUCACGGUCACUGUUACCGCAACACCAUUUGUUGUUACAGGAGGUACUCUUACAGCUACUGGUUCAUUAGUUGCAUCAUCUGCCAACUCUCCAGAGGAAUCUAGCGGCCCUUCAUUACUGAGAGCAUACUACCCCCCACCCCAAGCAUCAUGGACUACACACAGCAUUCCUGGAUUCAUCGGUGUUACCAUUCCAAGUGGAGGCAUGUCCUAUCCUGCUGAAGGAUCGGCUACUUACUCACCUUCUACUACCCCCACCAAUUCUCCUUCCCUCUCCCACACUCAUCCAUACAUGAGUAUAGAACCCACACCAAAUCUUAGCGCCUUCUCCAACUACUCCACAACCAGCGCCGGUAGUCUCUUAGGCACAGCAGUAGGAACCGCCGUUGGCACAGUCAUUACUCCAAAUCAUGCCCCUACUACCAAAGCAUCAGUUGGCCUUCCACCAGCCGCUUCAGUCACCCCGACCAUUUACACUGGCAACGCUGACGUCAAUGUCGCCGGCACCGAAUCCGUCGCCUUAAUCGUCGGUUUCGUCGCUCUGGUUAUUCUUUUCUAAUCUUUAAAAU